GGAUUACACCUGACUCUCGCCCAAGAUAUCGAAGCUAAAGAUGAAUAGAUGACUUGUGGAUGCACGGCACGUGUGCCCGUAUUGUCGACCAAGUCCGACGGGAAACCGAGCCACCUCGAGGAGAGUGCUCUCCCUCGCAACAGUAACGAAACCCGACCACCAUUAUCCUGCCAGACUACUAACCUCCGCGACACGUUUGCCGCGUUCACCACGCUCCCCAGACCCAUCCUACAAAUCAGAAGACUCCCGAUCACCUCACUGGUAUACUACCUCUGGCCGUCGAGUCGAAGGGUCGACCGGAUAUACCCAGAACAUAUCGAUGCACGAAAGCUCCUCGAAAACACCAAAAGGGCGCUGGGCCUCGCAAAAAAUACAGGCACCGAACAACAAGUCCUGGUCGAGGCGGUACUGCUACCGCACGGUCAGCUUGGGUACGGCCCUUCUACGACGGUUCUGGUCCGAGAUUGCGACGAUGUCAUCGAGGCGAUGCGGCAGCUCAGCAACCUCCCCGCUCCACACACCUGCGCCGACAACAGACCGACUAUCCUCUUCCGCCCGUACAGCGUUAAGGUCGACUAUAUAGAGCGUUGGCUUGAUUCCAUCUCGCACGGCUUGCCGAGUACACCCAGCCAAAAGACCUCGUCCAACUUGGGCACCUCUAUGGCCGUCUACGAAUAUAUGGCAAACAACGGCACCGGCGCCGUACUCCUAGCAUCACGGGGUAGUAAGAAUGAAGGGGGCAAGGCGGAGCUAGACGCAUCGUGUAUACUAUUAAAUCUCAGCCAGGUCUUAGGUAUUACGUAGGAUGGGAGAAAGAGACGGGUGGAGCGGGAUGGGGUAGAUAGGAUCCGCCUCCUCCAGAUGUCGAACUACACGCUCUCCCCAUGGGCAGAGACGGCACCUUUCUACCCUUCUGGCCCGCCGCAGGGCGACACGGGGGAAACAUGCCGCAGUUCGUAUCCAGCCUAGG